CUAAUUUUCGUGACCCGGAAGUGUUUCUUUAAUGUUGCUCACAAGACGCUGAUUACAGAAGAUUAUCAUUAGCAGUUAGCCUAGAUACAACAUUACUGUAUUGCUAUCCUGAGAAUGACACACAUUGAUGUUGGACUUCCAUGAGCAGCAGCAUGUAUCCCAGCGCUGCACCAGCAGGAUGCCCGGCCUACAAUCCUAAAUUUGGGCACAGUAAUAAUAGACAAUACCCACUACCCCCAGCCUUCCUACAACACCAGCAACGUAUAGCUGAGGCUCAGCGAAACAUUGCUAACACAAAUUUCCGUGGUCAGCCUCUGCCUGCUUGUCAUCCAGUGAUUCCUCCUUAUGAUUGGAAGUUUAAUCCUAGCACCUCACCUCUUCCUUCUCAUCCACCUGGUACUAAUGAAUCUGCAAUGGCCAAUGGGAAGAAGAGGCAUAGUGGAGACCACAGCCCGUAUAAUUUGAAGAGGCAGCGCUUCAGUACUCCUGUCCCCCAACAUGGCAGUCCUCCCGUUUCCUGCUCCUCUUCCUCGGUACCCCGCCCUAUCCGGAUCCAGCACUCACCUCUCAGCCCCCAGCACUGUGCCCCACAAAUGCCCCCUCUGUGUGGAGAGAGCCCUUGUAGCUCACUGCUGGAUUAUGCCAAGGACAAGCUUAGUGGUCAGAUGGUGGAGCUGUUUGAGGCAUGCCAGCAGCAGUUGAGUGACCUGGAGAGGAAGGAGCUGUGCAGAGCUCAACUACAGAGAGAGAUCCAAAGACUCUUCCCUUUGGCAAGGUUGUAUUUGGCUGGUUCAUCUUUAAAUGGUUUCGGCAGCAGGAACAGUGAUGCUGACCUCUGUCUGGUCAUCCAAGCAGCACCGGUGGACCAAAGAAAUGAUGCUGUGUAUGUACUCAGUCUCAUUCAGCAGCUCUUCUACAGACUCUCGUACAUAGAAAGACCGCAGCUGAUCCGAGCCAAGGUCCCCAUUCUCAAAUUCAGAGACAAAGUCAGUGGAGUCGAGUUUGAUCUAAAUGUAAACAACACUGUAGGGAUCAGAAACACUUUUCUGCUGAGAAGUUACGCCAACACUGAACAACGAGUGCGUCCCAUCAUAUUAGUGAUUAAGAGGUGGGCCAGGCAUCACGGGAUAAAUGACGCCAGCAAAGGAACCCUGAGCAGCUACACUCUUGUACUGAUGGUAUUGCACUACCUUCAAACUCUGCCUGAACCUGUUAUUCCUUCUCUGCAGAAAGAAUAUCCGGAGUGUUUCAGUCCCACCAUGGAAAUCCACCUCGUGCCUGAGCGUCCUAAAGAUAUCCCACUUUACUCCUCAUCCAAUGAUGCCUCACUGGGAGAGCUGCUGCUUGGUUUCCUCAAGUACUAUGCAUCUGUCUUUAGCUGGGAUAAACAGGUGAUCUCGGUGCGAGAGGCCAAGGCUCUGCCCAAGUCGAAUAGCCUUGAGUGGAGAGACAAAUUCAUCUGUGUGGAAGAGCCAUUUGAUGGCACCAAUACAGCCAGGGCGGUUCAUGAGAAAGUCAAAUUUGAUGCCAUCAAAGCACAAUUCACUGAGGUACGACCAAGGGAACGGUUUACUACAGGGGUUUUCCUUCCACAUUUUACAUACAGUGGCAUCCCACAACUAACCCCAACUCUCUCGCAAACUUUCUGUAGUCAUGGCAGGUGCUCCAACUAAGAAAGGAUCUCAACUUCAUCCUGCCUGUCAGAAACACCAUCCAGAGUAGAUGAGUAGGAAUUGUGAGUCACCCAGCUGUACAGAGAAGAACUCUGGACCUCCGCCUGCUCUGGUAGCUAGGUUUGUUCUGGGUCUGCCUGCUGGGGUGAACAGUCUCCAUCUUCCUCUUCAUUCCAACAUCUUCUGAUUCACACCCUUCAAGUUCUUACUCAGUUACCAAUGUUAUGAAUGUGGAGUAGGAAUAAAUAUAUAACUUCCAAUAUCUAAAGAGGUCACAUGAGACAAAUGCUGAGAGACUGCCUGCCUGCCUCUUUCCCAUAGACAGGAGCUGAGUGCUCAGAGAAAACAGAACUUUAAUAAUUAUUCUUUAAACCCCUCUUUCUUCCUUUCUCCUUGUCCACCUCUGUCUUGUUUGCCCCUUGAACACAUUUCUGUAAAUAUCUAUGAAUCUCCUCCUUGAAAUGUUUUAGUUGCUUUACUUUUCACAUACAUGGGGUUCAAUCCUAAGAUCAAAAGUCUAACCAUUGAUCAAGAGGGUCAUCUAAAUGUGGACAGCUAAUGUCAAAUUGGUGUCAAAAGUUCCCUGUUCUUCAACACAUUUUUCAGUCCUGCUACAUUACAUCUAAUAACCUACUGCCUUUAUUCCAAUAUCAUGCUUUUUUGAUAUAAGCCUUUAGCAAAUAGCUGGCCAUGAGCAGUAUGUCCCAAUCAAUGUUUUAACCUUAGCCUCUUUAGCACUCAUGUUUCCAAGGAGCAGUGUUUUGCCACCUAUUGUACAUUAGACAUUGACAGUACUCCAGUCAAAUUGCAUUGUUCAUAGUCAUUCUACUGUUAUCUUACUCUAUGACACUAGUGAGAGGUAUUGUCUGUGCUGUAAUCUCGGUCAUGAUAUAUUGGCAGCUAUUUGUAUUUUUCAAUUUCAUCAGCAAUUUAAAGGGAUAUUUUAGUCAAAAGUCUUAUUGUUUAUUUCCUUAGAAACUACCAUUCAACAUUUUAAUCAGACAGGUGGUUUGAGUCAAAAUCUUUUUCAAAAUUGAAUAUCUCUUAUCAGUUUCUUUUGAAAUUAGUUAUUUUCCUAUGAUUUGAUUCCGGUCAAUCCAAUUCACUGCUGUGCAUAAGUAUUUCAACCGGGACAGAGUUUUUUUUGUUUUGGGUCUGUUCUCCAUUGGAUUUGAAUUGAAACAAUGUCUAAAAUGUAAAACGGCAAACUGUCAGCUUUAAUGUAUAUACUGUGAACCAUCUAAGAAUUGUUAUACCCCCUCCUCCCAUUUUAGGGGAUAAAAUGUAAUUGGACAAAGUAACAACCUUAAAUAUGUCAUAUUUAGUGCUUGGAUGCAAAUCCUUUGUAUUUCACAUAUAAACAUCACCAGACGCUGGGUAUCUUGUACCUUGUUAAUGCUCUGCCUGGCCUCAACUGCAGCCGUCUUCAGUUCCUGUUUUUUUCUGGGCAUUUUUGUAUUAAGUUUUGUCUUCAGCAAGUAAAGUUUUGUCUGCCAGUCGAGAACAUUCCAGUUUCUCAGUUGUUCACCCCGAAUAACUCCUUGGUUGCUUUUGCAAUAUGUUUAUUAUCCUACUGCAAGGUUAAGUACCGUCCUGAAUUAAUCAGACUGCUGUCGUCUGCCAUUACAUCAUCAAUGAAGACAAGUGGACCAGUUCCAAAUACUUAAGGAUUGCAUUGUUUGUGGUCAGUUAAGCUGCAAGUCAAACCAUUGCAGGACUGUACUCUCACCUUGACAUGAGUAUACUUUUAUUGGUUAUAUUUAGUUUGUUGUAACUUGUCACUUUUUUGUACAUUUUGCACUGUACACACUUUUAAAUGUUUAUUUAAGUGAAAUAAAAAAUAUAAAGAUCA